UAAAUUUCGCGGUAUCACGUGAUGCAAAAUGGUGGAAUAUCACGGAUCUCAUGGAUAAUGUAUUAAAAUUUGACAUUUAUGUCAUUUUUUCAGUAUUCUUGUUCAUCACUUGACUUAAAUUCUUUAUUCGGAAAAUGUUACUAUUAAUUUAAAUAUAUCAAGCAUUUUAUAACAGUAUGAUUUAAUUAAAUAUCAUCAUCAUGAAUGAGGAAAGAAGUAUUGAAGAUUCUUCAUAUCUAAGCUACGAAAUAAAUGGCACUAGAUAUAUUUUACAAACUAUAUCAGAUCCAACUAUAGACAUAACAAAAACUGCAUCAACUAAUCAAGAACAAAAUACAAUUAAUAUUAUAGAUGAACCGCAUGUAGAAAAAGAGGAUGAAUCAAUUUCUUUAAUUUGCUUAGAUGGUCAGGUUUAUGCAUUUCAGAAUGGAGAACUACAAGAAUUAGAUUUUAGUCAAGUAACAGAUGAAAAUGAAUCACAAGAAAAAACAGUGCUGCUGUCUAAAGAAGAUGAUAAUUGUGAACCGCAAUAUAUUACUAAUGAAGGAUUAGUAAUUGGAAAUAUUGAUCAACAUUCUCAAGAACAAUAUGAAAUUAUCACUGAUCAAAAUGAAAAGAAUUUUAUAGUAGAAAAGCAUAAUGUAAAUGCUAAUGAUUUUGUAGAAGUUGUAACAGCAUUCAAAUGUAAAAUAUGUACUUAUACUACGCAAGACAAGACACAAUUAUUGCAGCAUUUUCAGAAAACACAUGUAAAUCCUAAAGUAGAUAUAGAGAUAAAAGAAGAAUUUAAGAAUACAGAUGAAGUAAAAUUGUUGUACAUGUGUGGAGAAUGUUCUAAUUGCUUUCCUUCUAUUGAAGAUUGUAAAGAACAUAUGAUAAAUGAUCAUCAAUUAACAGAUACAGGAGCCAAUAAAGGUGGUAAAGAAAAUAUAACUGAUGAUUCAAAAGACUCUGGAUUAUUAGAGUGUAUAGGACAGAGUGUUGAAAAUAAUGAUAUAAAACGUCAAGUUAAGAUUCAAAAACCUUUGAAUUCUGAAUAUAUGCUCAAUAAAAAAAUGAUUGAAUUAAUGGAAAGAAACAUAAAGUGUUCAUAUCGAGGAUGUCCCUAUAAAUUUUCUACAGAGGAAACAAUGCAGCAACAUGCACUUUGUCAUACAGAAUCACAAAAUGGAAUGGCAUUUAAAUGUACCGUUUGCCGUGAUACGAAAUUUACCAAAUGGAGGCAGUGUAGCUUACAUUUAUGGAAAAAGCAUCAAAUUGAUAUAGGUUUAUUUACUUGUAAAAUAUGUAAAGCAUAUAAAAGUGCAACAAUGGUGAAACUUUUAACUCAUAUGCGUGUGCAUAGUGAGACUCGCGAGUAUGAAUGUUCAGAAUGUGGUAAAUGUUUUAAACAAGCCAGUCAGUUACGUAAUCAUAGAGUGAUGCAUUUGGAUCGCAAAACAUUGGAAGUGACGCGGUGGUAUACUUCAAAAAAAUGUGAUAUGUGUGGAAAAACUUAUGCAAAUUCCAAAUGUUUAAAAAGUCAUAUUCAAGCAGUGCAUUCAAAGUUACGACCAUAUGUUUGUAAUGUUUGCGGGCAUUCUAGCGCUAGAAAAGCAAUGUUACAAAUGCAUUUACGGCAACAUACUGGUGAUAAACCCUUUAGUUGUGAACUUUGCGAGUAUAAAACUGGAGAUCACAAUACAUUACGACGUCACAUUAUGCAACAUACAGGGUUUAGACCUUAUAAAUGCCCUCACUGUUCUUACACUGCAAUACAAAGUAGUAGUUAUAAAAAUCAUUUAAAAUCUAGACAUCCUUUACUGUCUGGUUUAUUUACGUGUGACCUAUGCCCUUUUAAAACUGUUAAAAAUCAAAGUUAUAUACAACACGUAAGAGACCAUGAAAAAGGAUUGAUCAAAGCAAAUAUGCAAAAGAAAGAUAACGAAAAUGUUGAAGUUUUCCCUGGUAACAUUGCAGCGGCACAAUUAAUUUAUAGUUGCUUGGGUGCCUUUUCAAAAGUGGGCGAUACUUUAGAAGCAAAUUUGAUGUCUUCCUCAACGUCUGCAGACGGUACGUCACAAACUAUAACGAUACAGAUACCAUCGAAGCAUCUUGAAGGUUCACUGCCAACAAGAGAAAAUAGAACUAAAAAUAACUCAUCAAUUGAACAAGAAGAUGAAGAAACAAUGCAUUGUUUUUUAAAAAUUCCAAGAGAAGAAGAAGAAAGUAUAGAUACUGGUGGUAUAACUAUACCUGCUGAACCUGAGGAAUCAGGGGCAACAACUAUUAAUGUUGAUACGUGAAAUAUAGAACGUUAAGUUACUAAUUGAAAUAUUUCUAUACUUGGAAACAAUUAGAAAUUUAUACUUCAAAACUAAAUGAAGAAAUGCUAGUCACGCGUUACUUAGAAUACUAUGAAUUAACUUGUUUAACAGAACACUAGAAUUAAUAUAUUAAUUUUUAAAAUCCUAAUUGUGAUACUAUUUUUGGAAUUGUAUAUUAUAUCAGCAAAAACAAAUUUAACGAAAAACAAAUGUUCUUGUUUAAAAAAAUUUUAUACAUCAUUUUGAAAAGAGCAAUGCAUAUUUAAUUUAAUGGAUUCUCUGUUCAUAGUUGUUCAAAAAUUUUAUUUUAUUCGAAAAAAAAGAUUUUAUAGUUAAAAGAAAGUACUUUUGAGAUAUUUUUAUUUUAAAUUUUACUAAGGAUAUAAUUUAUUAUAUAUGAAAAAACACAUUUAAGAUUUUGAAUGUAUUUAUUGAUAAUUAAUAGGAAAUUAGUAGAAGUGUACAUAAAAAUUGUAAAAUAAUAAUCUGGAAGCCGUUGUAAAAUGUAAAUUACAAUAUCUCAUAUGGAUUACAAUAUGAUUAAAAUAAUAUUUUACAUGAUGAA